CUUGGACGGGUCGGGCCAUGUAAAGUUCUGUGUGGAUGCCAGCGAGCCUGAUAUCGGGAGCUGGCUGAAGCACAUCCAGUUCUCCCCCACGGCCCACCAGCACAACCUGACGCCGUGCCAGAUAGAUGAUCAGAUCUUCUACAGAGUGACUCGAGAGAUUCAACCAGGAGAGGAGCUGCUUCUGUACAUGAAGGCAGAGGAUUAUUCAUGUGACAGCAUGGCUCCUGAUAUGCACGAGGAGAGACAGUAUCGCUGUGAGGAUUGUGACCAGCUCUUUGAGUCUGUCUCUGAGCUGCUGGACCACCAGAAGGUUCCAUGUGGGACACCCCCCUCAGCCUUCCUGGGGAACCUUGGAGGGGACAGUAGUGACCUGGAGGGCCCUGAGGGCCUGGAGCCCCACGACCUGCACCUGUCCCACAGCCUCAGCCACGACGGUCCCCAGGAGUGUAAGGAGUGUGACCAGGUGUUCCCCGACCUCCAGAGUCUGGAAGCUCACUCUCUGUCUCACUCAGAGGAGAGGGAUUACAAGUGUGACCAGUGCCCCAAGGCCUUCAACUGGAAAUCCAACCUGAUUCGUCAUCAGAUGUCACAUGACAGUGGCAAGCACUACGAAUGUGAAAACUGCACAAAGGUGUUCACAGACCCCAGUAACCUGCAGAGGCACAUCCGCUCGCAGCACGUGGGGGCGCGGGCUCACGCCUGUCCCGAUUGCGGGAAGACCUUUGCCACGUCCUCUGGCCUGAAACAGCACAAGCACAUCCACAGCAGUGUCAAGCCCUUCAUAUGCGAGGUGUGCCACAAGUCCUACACUCAGUUCUCCAACCUGUGCCGCCACAAGCGCAUGCACGCCGACUGCCGCACCCAGAUCAAGUGUAAAGACUGUGGCCAGAUGUUCAGCACCACCUCCUCCCUCAACAAGCACCGGCGCUUCUGUGAGGGCAAGAACCAUUUCACGGCAGGGGGGUUGUUUGCUCAUGCCCAGGGCAUGUCCCUCCCCGGUGUCCCUGGUGCCAUGGACAAGGCCGCUAUGGGCGGGAUGGGGCACAGCAGUGCCAGCCUGGCAGACUACUUUGGGAACCGGCACCACAGCGGCCUGACGUUUCCGUCCGCCCCUGGCUUCCCCUUCAGCUUCCCGGGCCUGUUCUCUUCUGGACUGUACCACCGACCCCCUCUCAUCCCGGCCACCUCCCCAGUCAGACGGCCCCUAGGUCCKGGUARGGAGCACAMCAAGYGCCCCCUCCUGUCGCCRAGCCCCYGYGCCCWGGAGGCCAGAGAYCUGCUCAAGACCCUCCGCAAGGAGGCAURGCCCGGRAYRGAGCAGCCACAGGGGACAGAGCAGCGACAGMCCCAMGGCUCCUCCUCCAAGCAGAGGCACYGCGGCGGCAAGAUGAGCAGCCAAUCAGAGAGCAGUGACCUGGAUGACGUGAGCACGCCCAGUGGGAGUGACCUGGAUACCACGUCAGGCUCGGAGCUGGAGAGCGACAUGGAYAGCGAAGGCCWGCGGGAGAGGGCACCCCGGGAGAACGGGAAYGGGCCCAAYAGGAAMGCGGGCYGWGGSCCCCAGAGCCCCACCACCCUGAUCAGUAACCAUACUAAGGAGUUCCAAGGCGGCCCCGCCUUGUUCCCUCCCUCGCUGGACGAGCACACGGCUGUCUCAGGGGCGGUCAAUGACUCCAUCAAGGCCAUCGCCUCCAUCGCUGAGAGGUACUUUGGCUCCACGGGGCUGGCGGGCCUGCAGGACAAGAAGGUAGGCGCCCUGCCCUACCCCUCCAUGUUCCCCCUGCCCUUCUUCCCAACCUUCUCCCCACCCGUCUACCCCUUCCCAGAGAGAGAGCUCAGACCUCCAGGCCUCAAGGGGGAGCCCCAGUCCCCACCUGACGAACCCACCAAGAAAGGCCAGAGCAGGACCUCUGAGUCGCCCUUUGACCUUACCACCAAGCGCAAGCAGGAGGAGAAGGUCCCCUCCCCCUUUACCCCCGUCUCCAAUUCCAAAGCGGAGGCCUCCUCACGUUCCACCAAUCAGGACCAGCCGCUGGAUUUGAGCAUGGGCGGCACAAGGCACCGCAGCAGUAGCCGCACCUCCCGGAGGGAGGAGUCGAAGAAGAUCCACGUGUUUGGAGAAGACAAGGCAGGGGUGGAGCUUCCUAAAGCCGACACCUCUCUGCAGCACGCUAGGCCCACCCCCUUCUUCAUGGACCCAAUCUACAGCAGGGUUGAGAAGAGGAAGAUGACCGAUCCGUUUGAGGCUCUGAAAGACAAGUACAUGCGGCCCGCCCCCGGCUUCCUCUUCCAUCCACAGAUGUCGGCCAUUGAGAACAUGGCGGAGAAGCUGGAGACGUUUGGUUCGCUUAACCCCGAGUCAGGUGACCUGAUGCGCUCCGUCCCCUCCAUGUUUGACUUCCGAGCCCCGCCCACUGCCCUCCCCGAGACGCUACUGCGCAAGGGCAAGGAGCGCUACACCUGCAGAUACUGCGGUAAACUAUUCCCACGGUCUGCCAACCUGAGUGUAAGUACUGCGACCGCUCGUUCAGCAUCUCCUCCAACCUGCAGCGCCACAUCCGCAACAUCCACAACAAGGAGAAGCCCUUCAAGUGUCACCUGUGUGACCGCUGCUUCGGCCAGCAGACCAACCUGGACCGUCACCUCAAGAAGCACGAGAACGGUAACCUCUCAGGUGAGAGAGCCCUUGUUACAUGAGUGGUGCUUUACUGA